AUGCUGCUUUCCCUGUGCACCUAUUUCCUCUGGCUGUCCACCAGUGACCUCUGGACCGUCCAGGCUAAGGACCCAGAUACUGAUGUGAGCAAGAGGAGCCCUCACCGGGACUUGGCUCCAAACAAUGUUGACUUUGCCUUUAUCCUAUAUAGGCAUCUUGUGGCUUCAGCUCCUGGAAAGAAUGUCUUCAUCUCCCCUGUGAGCAUCUCCAUGGCCUUAGCUAUGCUGUCUCUGGGAUCCUGUGGCCACACACGGGUCCAACUCCUCCAAGGCCUGGGCUUCAACCUCACCAAUAUAUCUGAAGCUGAGAUUCACCAGGGCUUUAAGCACCUCCACCACCUCUUCGAGAAGGAGUCAGACACCAUGUUGGAAAUGGUUAUGGGUAAUGCUUUGUUCCUUGACCGCAGCCUGGAGCUUCUGGAGUCAUUCUCAGCAGACACCAAGCACUACUAUGAGUUGGAGGCUUUGGCUACAGAUUUCAAGGAUGGGGCUGGAGCCAGCAGACAAAUCAAUGAGUAUAUCAAAAAUAAGACACAAGGGAAAAUUGUGGACUUGAUUUCAAAGCUGGAUAGUUCAGCCAUGCUCAUCCUGGUCAACUACAUUUUCUUCAAAGGCACAUGGGAACGGCCCUUCAACCUGGAGAGCACCAGGGAGGAAAACUUUUACGUGAACGAGACCACCGUGGUGAGAGUGCCCAUGAUGGUCCAGUCGGGCCCCAUCAAGUACUUUCAAGACCCAGUGCUCCCCUGUCAGCUGGUCCAACUGGAGUACAUGGGCAAUGAGACUGUCUUCUUUGUCCUCCCAGAAGAGGGAAAGAUGGACACAGUCAUCACCGCGCUGAGCAGGGGCACCAUUCAGAGGUGGUCUGAGUCCCUGACCACGGGCCAGGUAAACCUGUUCAUCCCAAAGGUGACCAUCUCCGGAGCCUACGACCUCAGGACCAUCCUGGGGGCCAUGGGCAUUGCAGACUUCCUCAGCAAGGAGGCGGAUUUCUCCGGCAUCGCCCGAGAGCCCCAGCUGACAUUGUCAGAGGUGGUUCAUAAGGCUGUGCUGCAACUCGAUGAAAAGGGCUUGGAAACCGCCGACUCCCCCAGGGUCAUGCUGCGCACGGCGCCCGAGCCUCUCACCUUCCGCUUCAACCGCCCGUUCAUUGUCAUGAUCUUCAACCACUUCACGUGGAGCAGCCUCUUCCUGGGCAAGGUUGUGAAUCCGACCUAA